AUGCGGACCAAACUCAAUAGCAUUGGAGGCUCCAGCGGCCAUGCCAGCAUCACGCUUGCCCGUGCUUUCGAGAAUCUUCACUUCAUCGUGCAGGAUUUGCCGGAAGUUAUCGAAACAUCCAAACGCCAAGCCGUUGGCCUGGAAAAUGACAUCCAGAAUCGAGUCACCUUUGAAGGGUACAGCUUCGUCGACCAACAACCUGUCCAGGAUGCCGACGUGUAUCUCCUGCGUAUGAUACUCCACGAUUGGGCCGACCAGGAAGCAAGAAUAAUUCUCCAGAAUGUGCACGAUGCCAUGAAGCCCGGUGCCCGCUUGAUCAUCAUGGAUACUGCGUCACCAGACUCCGGCACGAUCAGCCCACCGCAAGAAUCCCAGCUUCGUGUUCGAGACCUGACCAUGCGCGAGACAUUCAAUGCCCACGAGCGGGAGAUGGAAGAGUGGGCAAACUUGUUGAAGGACGUGGACCAAGAUUGGUGCAUCAAGGGUGCCGUGUCGCCAUUCGGUAGCAAGCUGAGUGUGAUGGAGGUUGCUUUCUCUUAG